AUGGGAGCAGUGUGACUUUUUGGCACUUCCAUACCCUUCAGUCGAAACGAGAAGAAGAAUCCAUUCCAACACUAGCCGUAGCUAGCUAACUGGCUACCAAAACAUCCCUAUGUGUCUGCAAGUUAAUAUAUAACUCAGGAUUGUAUGCAUUUAGUCUCGGGUUUGUUUUGCCAAAAUGCAUAACGUCAGGAUUUCCAUACCAUCGUUCCGCUCAGAGGACAAUCCGAUGGAGAAAGGGUACACGGUCUUUAAAAUCGAGGUGCUAAUGAAUGGUAGACAGCAUACAGUGGAGAAACGCUACAGUGAAUUCCAUAACCUGCAUAAAAUACUGAAGAAGAGCAUAAAGCUGCCUGAGAUCCCCUCUAAGCAUGUACGGAACUGGGUUCCCAAAGUUCUGGAGCAGAGAAGACACGGUCUGGAACUCUACCUACAGACUAUAAUUAUGGAGAAUGAAGUUCUCCCAAAGAUAUUCCUGGAUUUCCUCAACAUCCGCCACUUUCCCUCACUGCCAAAAACAGAAAGUUGUGGGUCAUUUGAAAUAGAAUCUGAAGAGUCAAGUAAACUGACCCAUCAGCCAACCAUGCUCUACCAGCGAGACCCCUACCUGCUCCCAUCCACCCACGAUACAUUUUCAAAUGUUGUCAUAGAAGGAGUGAUACAUGGAAUAUUUUACCCAGACCUUCAACCAAGGUAGAGUUACUGAAUGCCAGCUUGGAGGACUUACUACUAACUCUUGAAGACAAAGGGAUGAUUCAGAAAUGUACAGCUUAUAAGAGUUUCAAUUUUGUAAACGUUAUUCUAAUAGUUGUGUGUGUGGACAUAUACCAUUUUUAUCUAUUCAUAGUAAUUUUGUAGUCUGUUUCCCAGCAUUAAUGGAUAUGUUGAUUUAUAUUUUAGAGCAAAGGCCUCAAAGAAAUGCCUUUUCUGAAGUAUUGUUACUCAAAGAUGAACACUACUGUAUCAUGGUUGCAAAGGGAAGGAAUAUUACUGAACAUUUUUAAAAUGUACCAGGAAACUACCAGAAUUUGUUAACUUUCAAGGAUUUUAUUUAAUCUACUACAAGACAUCUAGUGGCCCUUUUGGGUACUUCAGAUUAUCACAGGUGUCUAAUUAUCUCUUGCCCUCUGUCCCUUACAUUAAAAAUAUAAAAAAUUAUCAAAUAAAAAAAAAAUUAUGACAACGCUGUCAAACAUUAUCCUAAAUGUUAACGAUCAAUUUAGUGAAUAACAUUUGUUUAUAUUUAUAUAUGCUUUUUUAAAUUAAAUAGGCUAUUUUCUCUUGAACCAUAUGGCCUAUCCACUAGAAACUCAUGGACAAUAUGGACACAGAUAUAAAAA